CACCCUGCGGGUAGGGAUGCUCCACGAAGAAAAGAUAAUGAUGUACGUACUCCCUCACGCUAAAGAUCCGCUUAUCUUGGGCCUCCCGUGGCUACAGCAACAUAAUCCGUGGUUAGACUGGAGAACGGGUGAACUAACCUCGUGGUCGCCGAACUGUCUAUCCACCUGCAUCUCUAUCUCCUGUAAUGCUUCCAGCAUAGAGAGCCCCGAGAUCGAAGACCAGCCCCAGAUUCCCAGUGAAUACCGGGAUUUCAGUGACGUGUUCAGUAAGUCACGAGCCUUCUCUCUUCCACCUCACCGCGACUGUGACUGCGCUAUAAACCUUCUGGAGGGAGCGACCAUGCCCAAGGGGAGGUUGUAUCCCGUGUCCAUCUCAGAGGAGGCAGCCCUAGAGAACUACAUUCGGGAGAGUCUGCUACAGGGGAUUCAUCGAACGCAGGUCCAAUUCCUCGGCUAUAUGCUCCAACACGGGAAGGUGGCCAUGGACGACGGAAAGACCCUAGAUGAGACCAUCCGACAGGCGAAUGAAGGAAGAUCUCCACCCCCGGGGUGCCCUCCCGGCGUCCAGUACGUACCCCGAGGACAUCGCGAGGCUUUGCUGAGGUGGGUUCACGCUCAUCACAGCAGCGGUCACCCGGGGGUGAAUACCACUCAACGGAUGAUGUCCCGACGAUACUGGUGGCCCAGCUGGAGGAGAGAGACGCAAGAAUACUGCGUCCUAGGAUACCAGCCGCCCCUCUUCCCCUGGGACUCUCCGGAGGGAACGGAACCCCGAGUGGAGGAGUGGUACCGCCAAAGCCGAGGAGCCCGGCAGAAGAUACAGCGUUCCCUCUGUGGUCAUGUGGAACGGCAGAGGCUUCAAGCAGAUCGCCAUCGCCGAGCCGGACCUACCUAUCGGCCGGUUAAGCGCUGUCCGCUACGAUCUGAGUCAGAUCCCGACUUGGACCCCCCCGCGACGGUACCUGGCGUUGAUGUCCCCAGCCGGAUAUUGGCCAUCCGGGACUCCCGUCGCCGGCGGGGGCAACUGCAAUACCUGGUGGAGUGGGCGGACCCCGCAAGCGCCUCCGGCCUCCGGGAGGCGGCCGUUAAGGGGGGGCACUGUCACGCCCACAUCGACGGACUCUGCCGGGGACUCAGCCGGGGGCUCCGCCCCGACCACGCCCCAGGGGCGGAACUUGCGGGACCCGUUCCCGACAGACCUCCCGGCUUCUGA